AUGUCAUCACCACGGGACAAAAAAGAGUCUGUAGCAGAAGCCGAAAAUGGGCACCAGGUUUUAUCCGAUGAUAUUUUCUUGUUUUGGGCAUCGGGAAGUUUGCCUUGUUGGCGUGUUCAAAUUGUUCUUGAAGAAAAAAAUCUCAAUGGUUAUAAAAAUAAAUUAGUUUCAUUAGAUCGAAAUGAGCAUAAAUCUGGAGCAGUUUUAAAACAAAAUCCUCGUGGACAAGUGCCAUCGUUGAAUUUUCGAAGCGUGGUAUUAAAUGAAUCAAUGGCAACAUGCAUAUUCUUAGACAGCUCAAAGAAACACGAAGGAACACGACUAAUUCCUGAAGAACACAGACUACAAGCAAGAGUAUUACAACUUACAUUUGAUGUAAGUAAGAGCACAAACGUAAAGUGCCGGAAAUGUAAAAGUCGAGCGGUUUUGUUUCUCGUUGAAUCAUACAUGGUUUGAUAGAGCUCGUCGAGUAAGAAGUAGAUUCAAGAAUAUCUUCUUCUUAAUUUUUUUAAGACCGUGUUUUAAGUAAGAAAUUUUUAAAAUACAAGUUACCGAUCAAAAAGUGAAAAUAUGACCAAGUUCGAAAAAAUUCAAGAUUUUGCCUGUUUACACUGAUUGAAAUUUUCUGAAACCAUUCUAUUUGGAUUCAGCAUCAAAAACUGAGUACAUCUACGUAAAGACGAGAGAAUUUCAUCACAACCCUCGUCCUCAGUAAGCUCGACUAGGAUCGGUAAGGGGCAAAGUGACACCCUGUUCUCGCAAACCUAUGUAGUCUAUUGCCUGAAGAGCUUUCCCCGAUAUUCAUAUAUCAUUCGAAUCAUCCAUAGAUAGCGAAUAAUCGUUGGUAUCGGUUAUGAAAAAGUUUAUUUCCUCGCCGAGAAAAGUCGACUUUACUAGGAAAAAUCGAAAUUCUGCACCUAAUUCGCAAUUUUCUCUGUCAGAACUCAGCUUUUACGUAAUGAAAAUAUUAUAUUCGGAAUCAACAGCAAAAAUCGAGUUGAAUAAUACAUAUUUCAAAAUUUUUCGUUGAUUUUCAUUUUUUGACGAAAAUCUCAGUAAUUAUUC